AGUGCGCUCUUCUGUGGUAGACGCGACGCGUAUUGCUGUUAUUGUGGUGGUGGAACGGUUGUGUGGUUGCCGCCGUCAUCGGCUGCAACUGUCAAUUGCGCUGUGUUACGUCAUUGCCAACUCCCCAAUCGCGACUUCCCCAUUGCGACUUCCCCUCCGUAUUGGGAGCAACAUAUCAACGCAUCAACAACACUCAGUUGACUCGAAGAUUGCCAAGUACGCUUCAUCCAACGGCUGAAAGAUACCAAGAUGUCCUCCCAAGGUCCCCCAUCAGUGCAAUACUAUGACAUCCCCAACUUCACUUUCCACAAUGGCGACACGCUCCCAAAUGUCCGGCUGGCGUACCAGGUCCUCAAUCCGCGUCAAGAGAAGAUUGCCGUAGUGCAUACAUGCUUUCGCGGCCGCAUCUCAACCACAUUGACACACGCCGACUAUGCGCUCAGAGAUUACAAGGUAAUCGUCAUCGCACUCUUCGGCAAUGGCGAGUCUUCGUCUCCGUCGAACACAGACAAAUUCGCGACCACUCUCGAAUACAUGGACUGCGUCAAGGCGCAGUAUAAGCUUCUAACUGAAGAACUGAAAGUCGACCAAGUAGACGUCAUGCUCGGCUUUUCCAUGGGCGGGCAAAUUACAUACCACUGGAUCACGACGCACCGAUCAUUCGUCAAGAAUGCUAUCAUCGUAUGUUCCUCCGCCAAAACCUCACGACACAACUUCCAGUUCCUCGAGGGCCCGAAGGCGGGGCUGCAGAACGCCAAAGACACCGAGUCCGGAAUCAGAGCGUUCGGAAAGGGGUACUCAGCAUGGUUGACGAGCGCGGAGUGGUUCGACCAGGAGUUGUUUAAACAGAUGGGGUUUGAUAGUUUGGAUGCGUGGGACGAGAAUGCGACGUUCAAGGAGUACGAGGGAUGGACUGGGGAGGAUUUGUUAGCGAUGCUAGGAAUGUGGCAACGCGGCGACAUCUCUCGGUGCGGUCAAAGUUUUGAUGGCGACUUGAUCAAAGCUCUGAAGCACAUUGAUGCGAGAGUCCUGCUCAUGCCGUGUGAGACUGAUCAGUACUUCCGGCCGAAAGCUAGUGAAAGGGAGGUGUACUACUUGAAAGGCGGCAGAGUUGCCGUUGUGCCUAGUAUCUGGGGGCAUAUCGCUGGCGGUGGUGCGAAUGAGAAGGAUGUCAGGUGGAUGGAAAGGAAGAUUGCGGACUUCCUAAAAGGUAGUUAUCCUUCCUAAUGGGGCUGGCAAAAGUCUACUAGAGAGCUUGCCACGACAUACGCAAUGGUAAUCCACGUACAAAGAACAUAAU